GGGAGGACAACGGAACACGAUGCAGUGAGAUGGAUGGAUCCGCAAGGAGCCGGCAGAUCUACGGACACUGUGUGGUUGACCGUGGUUGCAAUGGGCGGACAGAUGCGUGGUGCCGUGCUCGUGCAUGGCCAUGGUGUACAUCCGUGACAGCGAUGAGUGACGUACGUGUCAUCAAAAAUCGCUCAUCACUGUGGCAGCGCAUGCGUGUACACCACAUGCACCAUGCGCAAGCCCGCCAACUCCACGUACGCACAAGCCAGAGAGAAAUCGACGAGCAGCUAGUGCAUAUGAAUAAAGGGCAAGCACACCACACACCGUGCAAACAGGGCGGAGAGAGAAAGGCAUGAUUACACGAACGUGACUAUCUGUCUGCCCGCCAGCAACGGCAACGCGCAUGGCUCUAGAUAUCACUUUCCUGCCCCCUCCCCCUCCCGCUCCCCCUGCCUCUCCCCGCCCUCUGCAUGCGGCACAUCCUCACUGUCGUACGACACCUUCUUCUGCCACACCUGGUGACCGCCGUGACCGUGACCAUGGCCAUGGCCAUGCCCGCCAUGCCCACCACCACCACCACCACCUGCUGCUGCUGCUGCUGCUGCUUUGGACGAGGGCUUGUUGUCCUUGGGCUGAGUGCUGCUGGAGGGAUGGAGCUCCCCGCCGCCGUAUGACCGGCUCCUCUGUCGACCUGACUUGGCCUUGCCGCCUCUUCCGGCAGCCGGAUGCUGCUCGUGGUGGACAGGGAUGUCCUUGUCGUGCCACUGACCCUUGAGGAUGCGCAGCAAUGUGUUGACCGCAUCACCACACUGUAUGAGAGAGAGAGAGAGAGAGAGAGAAGUGUUGGUUGGUUGGCCAUCUGCACCCAGUCAGUGUAUCUCUGUCUGUCUGGCCGCCACCGCACCCACCUGUAUGCCUUGUCUGUUGACGACCAUCCUGCCGGUCUGUUUCCACCGCUGCAGGAAGGUGUCCUGUGUGUGCUGACUCACGCGUUCCGCCUUCUCCGUAGUCGGGCUGUACAGACGCUUCAAGUGACUCCUGCAACCACACGCACACAAAACCGGACAAACGACAGACAGGUGCUUUGACGUGCCACUGCACGUCAGUCCUCAUGAAGCCUCCCCAGGCACCGCACCUGAUGUCGAAUAGCAGUGCGCUGGGCGGCAUGCUUCUGAGGAGGUCGGUGGCGGGCAAGGGGGGAAGGGCCUGGUCAACCUGGGGCUCCGUGUAGCUCUGCACUCAGCCAUCCAUCCAUCCAUCGUGCACACGAAAAACGCAUCAAUCGAGGUCCAUCCGUGUUGUGUUUCAGAGAGGGCCUGGCCUUUGGUUCUUGGCUUACGGCGACAUGGGAUUGGCCAUCUGUGAAGGCAGUGAGGCUCAGCGGCAGCGCGUAGUGGCUAGCGAUCAAUAAAGGCACGCAAGGAGGCCCGUGCAAGCUCAGGCCAAAUGCUCGUGGCUGUUUGGGUGGCCGACAUACCUUUCAUCUUUGCCGUCACUCGCGACCUCGACGGGGGAGAGCAUCUUGACGAUCUGCCGACAGAGACGGACACACGAGAGCUGGGCGUGGCGUCAUGUAUGUGCGUGUGGCCCACUGCAGUGCACUGCCCGUCACUGACUUGAUGCAACACGCUGUCCUGCGCCAGCUGGGGUACGGGCAGCUCCGGAACCAACACCACCUGCACGACACACGAGCACACACAAAACACAGGGCAGCCACCGUCCCGUCACGAAUGUCGUCAGAUGCACGCUGUCAGUCUGCCUGUCCCCUCUCUCUCCCUGACUGACUGACCACAGGGACGGUCUCUGUGGUGUUGGGUUCGAGUAUGAGUGGUGGCAUGUCAAUGCGCGUGGGGGCGCUGGCGAGUCGGGAUGGGAUGCGGGGCGUCUCCUUGCCGUACACAGCAUCGUGGAUCGCACGCAGACCUGAGACGGCCUCGCUGCUCGACACCACAAACGUGAUGUUGUUCUCGCUGCAACCCUGCCAUGACACAGACCACACCGGGAGGGAGCACGCGUGGAUCAUGUGUGUGCAAUUAAUUGGUGGAUGGAUGGAUGGGAUGGAUGCCGUACGCCCCUUGUGCCCCUGUCUGUCUACUUGGGUGACGGCGAUGAUGUUGACGCCGGCGACUGCGAAUGCGGUUGCGAGUCUGCCGAGGAUGCCCCUGGAGCCACACAUGUUCUCGCCAACCGCACAGAUGAUGGUGCACUUGGAAGUCAAGGUCACACUCAUCGACUCUGAUGGAUGAACGACAUCAGACGGCAGUCAGGUGCCGCGUGCCAGAACUGGGUUUCUCCCUCCCUCCCUCCCUCACUUUCGUGCAUCUCUUUGUAGAAUGCAUUGCGCACGGCGUCUGCCGCUCGCUGGGCGUCACGGGACACCACAGCGAAGCUUAUCGAGUGCUCCGAUGACGCCUGCAUGACAUGGAAGGCACGGAUCCAUACACCGCAACGCACCAAGGCAGCCAAUUGAAUUGUCCAUUCCACUCACCGACCUCCCCACCCACCAGCGCACCGACCUGUGAGAUCAUGACAACGGAGCAGCUGGCUUCGUUGACGGCCGCGAAGAGGCGGCUGGCGAUGCCCGGUACACCGAUCAUCGACGAGCCCUCGAGAGUCACCAACGUGAUGUCUGCUAUCAUCGUGAACGCCUGACACACACACGACACACACGACACAAGGACACAGUAGGUACAGACCCGUGAACACAUUGGUGUGUCGAUUGAUGACAGCUCACUUUGCAUGGCGAGACGUCCAUGAGGGUGAAGUCGUCAGUGUGUGGGCCGUCGCACUCGCCGUCGUGUUUGCUGCCGUUGACGUUGGCGGCAUUAGGUGGGGAGGAAGGGGCGCACAGUGGCGACACAACCUGGCUGCGGUGGUUGCUGAGGGACGGACAGGACAGGGAGGGGGGGAGAAAGAAGGUUAGCUUGUGACUGUAUCGUGUUGGGUCUGUGACUGUAGCUCAGCUGACCUGAUGAGUGUGCCUGAUGAUUCUGGUCUGAGGGAGCUCCUCAGGUGGAUGGGGAUGGAGUGCUGAAUGCACGGAUGCAUCGUGAAUGGAUGCAACACCUGACCACACACACACACACAUACACAGGGGGAGAAUAAAGACACAUAUAUAAUGUCCCGCCCUGCCCUGCCCUCCCCACCGCUCACUCACCUUAGCUCCGAAAUAGGCCAGCUCGAUGGCCUCGGUAUAGGACACGAAAGGCAGGCGGAAUGCGGCGGGGACCUUCCUGGGGUCGGCCGUAUAGACGCCGUCCACAUCUGUCCAUAUGACCAGCUUGCUGGCCUUGAGCAGCGCCGACAGCAGCGAGGCCGAGUAGUCGCUGCCGUUCCUCUUGAGCGUCGUGGGUGUGCCGCUCUGGGUGGAGCAGAUGUAGCCCGUCACCACCACUAUGUCCACGUCGGGGUGCGUCUCCAUCCACUUGUCCAUGUGCUUCUGCGACUUGGGGAAGUCGAGCAGCACCCGCUCGUGCACCGACAUGCUGCCCGACCGGCUGGAGGGGUCCUGCACCGUCAGGAUGUCGCGGGCGUCGAUCCACUCCACCUGCCGCCCCUCACCGGCCUUGUGCACCCGCUCCCGCAGCAGCGCCCUCAGCAGCUGGGCCGACCACAGCUCGCCGUAGCCCGUGAUGAGCUCCUUCAUCGUCUCUGGGCAGGUGCCCGUUAUCGACACCGCCUUGAGGAUGUCCUUGAUGUCCUCGAUGUCCCUCUCCAGCGUCGACUGGAAGGCAGCCGCAUCCUCGGCGCUGAAGUCGCCCGCCGCCGCGAGUGUCUGCACCGUCUGGAUGUGCUUGUCGUGGAUCCGGCCUGUCAGCGACAGAUAGCCGGCCUUUUCGUCCUUGUGCGGGGUCUUCUUCCGUACGUGGAAGGCCGCAGCCGCCUCGGUGCAUGAGGCGAAGAGGGAGUCGGUGACGCCUGCCAUGGCAGAGACCACCACCGCCAGCCGGGCAGGGGCAGUGGCCGCACUCUGCAGCACCAGGGUGGCCACAUUCUGGUAGCGAUCAGCGCUGCCGACGCUCGUGCCGCCGAACUUGUGCACCAUCCAUGACGGAGGCAUCACGAAGGACGGAUGCUCCCCGGCCGAUGACAUCUCUGCCGAUGGAUCACCACAGAUCUCUGCUCUCUUGACGCCUUCUCUCUCCUGCCCGCUCAGCU